AAACCUUUACACGUAGAGGCAAAACUGACGACGUCUUUAAUGCUGACACUGACAUUUCCCAGGAUAAUGCUGAUCACUUCGCUAGAUAAAUGUGUUAUCGCAGCCAUUGCGAGAUAAAUUUGAUGAAGUACGCAAAAAGUACGAUUUGCGAUCCGCGUUAACUCGCGAUGGACGUUUAUUUGUCGCACGAUUAAUUACGCACAACUUUAACUUACGAUAUAAAUUCACAAAAAUUGUACUAAAACAUCCGAGAUUGACUGCUACAUUUCUCAAAUAUUCAUAUAUUUAUUGUCUCCAUCUGUUCACCAGUUCUAUUUGUUUGCCAAUGUUAAUUAUCAUAGAGCGUAUAAAAUUAAUAGACGUGCAAAUGAAAAUCGAAAUGCGAUCUCUCUUCGAUUCCUUUGGAAACAGAAACUCGUAGAAAAUGGUGUGGUUGGGGAAGCGGCAGUGCGCGUCAGUUUUCCCACCAUCGUCCCCCACUGCACAGCACGACGAAGCGAGACAGAGGGAUAUAUUAUUGUUAAUUUCUCACAGAACCUACAGUGAAUUGUACAAAAUAAAGAGAUUCUCUUUCUUUUUAUUCUACGUACUAAGGAGCAGAUUAUAUUUUUUUAAUAUGGAAAUGGAUGUUGCAUUAAUGUGCAUUGUAAAGACUUUUCUUGAACCAUCUUCGUACAUUUACGAAGACGAAAAUGCGAGCAUUUUGCAAUUGAUUAUGGAACAAGAUUUAUUAGGAAUUACGGAUGUUUCCAUAUCAGGUCAAGAAAACUCUGAGGCAGAAAAUUAUGUUGAACACAUAAUUCCAUCACUUAGCAGUACACAAUUCAAAUCUCACUUUCAAAUGCUACCAUCGACAUUUGAAUUUAUUCUGGAUCAAAUUGGAGAGAAACUAACUCGUGCUACUGAUGGAAAUGAAAUGGUGCCUGCGGAUAAGCAGCUUUUAUUAAGUCUGUGGCGUUUUGCAACUACAGAUUCAUAUAGUGCUAUAAAUCAACGAUUUACUGUGGGCAAAGGCACAGCUGUAAGAUCUGUGCGUCGUGUUGCCAGAGCAAUACGCGAGCUCUCAACAAAAUAUAUAGUAUGGCCUACAGGAGAUAGAAUACAGGAUAUUACACAUGGUUCUUCUGCAAGUGGUUUUCCUGAUACCAUUGGUGCCAUAGGUGGUACUCAUAUUAAUAUUCCUUCAUCUAAAAAUAACUCUGAAACCUCUGUACAUCAGAAGAGCCAUUAUUCAAUUCAGCUUCAGGCUGUUUGUGAUCACACAAAAUUAUUCACACAUGUUCAUGUGGGAAAUGUAAGUUUGGCUCAUGAUGCUCGUGAUUUUCGCUUAUCCGCUCUUGAGGAAUAUAUCAAUGAUUCAAAUCAAUUUCCAAAUAAUACACAUCUAAUUGGGGAUGCUAUUUAUGGACUGCGUCAACAUCUUAUGGUUCCGUAUCUUGAUAAUGGAAGUCUCACAAAACAACAGAAGAAUUAUAACUUAUGCCAUUCUUCCGGUAAAAUAAUGAUCAAAAAAGCAUUUGCUCUUCUAAAAGAACGCUGGAAAAGUCUGUUACACGUUCUGGCAAUAAGUCGCAUGGAUUUUACAUCUGAUCAUAUAUUGGCGUGUUGCGUGCUACACAAUAUCUGUUUGCUUAAAGAGGAUGAAGUGCAAUUGCAAGAGCAAAUUAUUGUAGACAUGGAAGAAGCAGAAUUGCAAGAAGAAAAAAUAGAAUAUAACAUAGAUGAUAAAAAUGUUGCAGAAGCCAAAAGAAACAAUAUAUGUGCCAAAUUAUGUAUUAAAAAUGUAUAAAUAAUAAAUUGUUAA